AUUGUAAGAACAUCGUUGGAGUCAUCAGAGUCACCGCGUGCGCGCUCGAUCGUCAGGUUAAGCAACAGUUUAAUGCGGUCAGUACAUGGAUGGUGCCAGUGUGGUAUACAUCGCUUGGGGAGCGGUGCACUUGGACACGGUGCAUUUGGACACAGCCAAUCACAGCACCGUGUGAUUAGAGACAUUUGUAGGGUCCCUUGGAACAGCGACUUGUGAUUGGACUGUGUCCAAUUGUCCCGUGUCCAACUGAUAUACACCCGUUGUGAAGAAGGUACUCUAUAUCGUUGGACAGAUUCAUGUGUUCUUCUUUUAUUAAGGACGUAUCAAGAAAUGGAAGCCAAGUUUAAUAAUGGAAAGAUAUCACAUAAAAAAUGUUGGGAAUUAGUUGCUCAUGUAUUAAAAGAUAAAGGAUAUAAUUUAACAAGCAGUCAAUGUGCUUCCAAAUUGAGAAGCUUAAAGAAAACAUAUAAGUCGAUUAAAGAUCAUAAUGCCACGUCAGGAAAUAAUCGGAGAACUUGGCAACAUUUUGAGAUAAUGGAAGACAUUUUUGCUAAAAAAGUUUGGUGUAACCCUAUAGCACUUGCUUCGUCUACAGGAUUGUCUGUAAAAAAUACAAGCAUAAAUUCUACAGAAUUGUCUUCGAAGAUGUCAUGUAGCAAUCUUGACUCCUUUGAUAAUUCAGAAAAUAAAGAAAAUAAGUUAUUGCAGAAGAAUAUAACAACUACACGAAAAUCUGCAAUGAGCCUUUUUCAAGAAAGACUACAACAAAAAGAAGAGCAUGAAGUGAAACGACAAAAGCGACAUGAUGAAAGAAUGGAGAUGGGAAAAAAAUUAAUAGAAACGCUUACUGGAUUUUGUAAUAAGUAAUUAUUACUUACAUACCAACAUUUUUGUGUUAUAUAUAUAUGUUGAUACUUUUUGAGAUUUAUAUCUGUUGCAUUUACUUUUUAUUGAUUAUUUCAUUAGUUUAUCAAACU